GAAACGAACAUAACGAGAAAAAAGAAACGAACGAUUGACGCUCGUAAAAGUAUUCACUGAUAUUUGCCGGAAGUGAUUAACGCGUCGGAAGUGCAAGAUGAAAGUUACGCUCGCCUUAGCAGUAGUUGUCACUGUCUGUAUCAGCAUUCAAUGCGUCGAGAGCAAAGCAAGGAAAACGACACAAUUGUCUCUGCAAAGCAAAGAGACGAACGUAGUGAACUUUAUGAGAUUACUUAUGAUGAGACUCGUAUUUGGAGUCGCGUCGGCAAUGGGUCUCGGUGAAAACCUUUCCGGCGUGCUUGGUGGGAUUUUCGUACCACCUGGAGCAGAUGAUUACAGUGAUUACGGCGAUGACGAUUUUAUGUCGGAUUUGUUUUGA